CAGUUGUAGCCGCUUACAUUUUUAUUGUUAGUGUUCGGUAAACUCUUGACAUUUUCGAUUGCCGAUGAACCACACAUACAACACAAAUUUAAUUUUUUAGACGCUUGGUGUUGAACUUAAAUAAAACUUCUCAAAAUGGGUGAUGGAGAAUAUGACAAGGAACAAUUGAGAAUUCUUCGGAAUGCUUUUAAAGCCUUUGACCACGAUGGAUCAGGAUCGAUCGAUCAUGCAGAUGUUUCUAGCAUUCUUGAAAUUUUAGGUCAAAAAUUAGAGCCGCCAGCGGUUAAAGCACUCAUUAAAGAAGUAGAUAAGGGUGCAACAGGUAAAUUGGAUUUUAGCCAAUUCUGCAAACUGGCCGCUCGCUUUAUUGAAGUUGAGGAAGAUGUAGGAGCAUUGCAAAAUGAGUUAAAAGAAGCUUUUCGUGUAUACGACAAAGAAGGAAAAGGAUAUCUAACCGUUGCAACACUGAGAGGCAUUCUUCACGAAUUAGAUGAUAAAUUGUCUAACCAAGACUUAGACAUGAUAAUAGAAGAAAUUGAUGCGGAUGGCUCGGGUACAGUUGACUUUGACGAAUUUAUGCAAGUCAUGACAGGAUAAUCUUCUACGUGAUCUGAUGGGACGUAUGCUUAAAUGAUGCACAGUGGACACAACCAUAAAUAUGGGCUAUACUCAUUUUUAUCAAAUUUAUCUUAAUCCUGUAGCUGUUUUAAACAUUUGAUUAAAUUGCAUUAUAUAAUCGUGAUUAAACUGGAAUGAAACCAGA